UACUCACACAUACUCAUGUAGUCAACGCUAUUAGAUAACGACAAGUCAGGACUAAACUGCGUUUUAGUUGCUGUAUGAUAACGUGGGUGACGUGGAGGAUCCUGUAGGCUUGCAGGAGCGCGCGCGCCUCUCUACACCAUGGAUCAUAUGGGAGCGCAUCUCCACCAGACGCACGCAGACACCAUCAGUUUUGGGAUCGAUCAGAUUCUUAACAAUGCAGAGCAGGGAAGUUGCAUGAUCUCCAACCCCAGAAUGCAGGACUUGGACUACGGCUUGGGGUGCAUAGUCAGCACAGCCUACAAUACCAUGACUGGCAACUACAAUGUCAAUAACUCGGCUGGAUACAAUGGGAACUCGUGCAGCGUUAGCUCCCUCGGCGGCUCAUACAACAUGAACUUGAACACGAAUGUUAAUGGGAACUGCCUUAAUUCUUCAGGGGUGAUCAGGGUUCCAGCGCACCGGCCGCUGAGCAACGUUCACUCAUCCAUUCCCACCAGCGGUACCGCGGUGCCAAGUAUGGGAAGCAUGGGCACCAUUAACAAUCUCACAGGAUUAACAUUUCCUUGGAUGGAGAGUAACAGGAGAUACACCAAAGACAGAUUUACAGUGGCCCUCUCACCGUUCACUGUAACACGUCGUAUAGGUCAUCCGUACCAGAACCGAACCCCUCCGAAGAAGAAGAAGCCCAGGACGUCGUUCACGCGUCUUCAGAUCUGUGAGCUGGAGAAACGUUUUCACCGUCAGAAGUACCUGGCCUCAGCAGAGAGAGCAGCCUUAGCGAAAGCACUUAAAAUGACUGAUGCGCAGGUCAAAACAUGGUUUCAGAACAGAAGAACCAAAUGGAGGAGGCAGACAGCGGAGGAGAGAGAAGCCGAACGACAGCCAAACCGAAUCCUUAUGCAACUUCAACAAGAAGCUUUUCAAAAGACUAUAAACCAACCUGUUAAUCCGGACCCAAUAUGUCUACACAACAGCUCUUUAUUCGCACUUCAGAACCUUCAGCCCUGGACUGAGAACACGGCGAAAAUCAGCAGCGUUCCCAACUGUGAUUAAGAGAUUAAGACGAGAAACUUUUAUAGACUUAAGAUCAACAGAAGCAUUGGUCAAGACAUUAAAAUUACACAUUAUUUUCAAAAUAACACUAAGUAACCGUUAACAGCUCAAAGAAUAAUGCUGCUCCACAAUACAAACUUAAUUUUUUAAGUUGUUUUUAAUUCAUUCAUUUUCAAAAUGCAAUCACAAUGUAAGCUAUAUUCUAUAUGAUCCUAUAUGAUAUUUAUAUUUCGUUAGCAUUUGUUUGUACCUCAUCCAUAUCAUAUUCGGUUGAUUUCUUGGGAUUAACACUAUAAAAUUACGUUUAUAAAUAAGUCAUUUUUAAAUAUUCUGUAAUGAUUAACAGGGCCUUUUUUCCCAAAAUAAUAUAAUCCCGAAGGUAAUUACAGGCUUUCACAAAAGCUUCAUAAUUUAUUUGGUAAAGAAAAUGCCUCAAGCAGUCACCUGCAGGACAAGCGAAAAAUUACAAUAUCACAUAUUUGAUGCCAAUUCCUAGUCCGUAACAUUUGAACCAUUCAGGAUACUUUUAUUGAUAAUGAUAUAAAACAAUUACAAAUAAAUGCAUAAUUAAACACAAACGUAAGGACAUUACAAAACUAAUAAAUAAUUAGGUUAAAUACAAAUACAUGAUUUGUGUCCAUUUGUAUUAUGUGACGACGUUCUCGCACUGCUUAAGCGAUCGUCUCAGUCCCCAUUGGACUCUGAGAGACUUGCACCACUUGACUAACAAAUUAAUUAUCUUUGUGAUUAAAAUCCAAUCGUUAUAGAGCACCUUUACAUCUGCAAUUAAACAUCAUAAGCAUUAAAUAUGUAAAAGUAGCCUAAAUAGACAUAAUUAAAACAUGAUAAUGGAAUAAAAUUAUACCUUAAUUUUGUAAUUUUUGUAAAGAAAUUAUUUUCACAUGAUGCCUCAUUCUGCAUCUAAGGUGUGAGCUUUCAGUGGACAUAUGGAGUCAGGUGUUAUCCACUGAGGCUUUGUGACUGAUUAUGCCAUUGACAAAGAUAUUAAAUGUAACAAAGUUCACUUUGUUACAAGGAUUAAGUGCUCGAAGAGAGCUGAAAGUGCGCUUUAGGGAUAUUAUGAGGGUGUUUUAUACAAGCACAAGACUUUCAUUAUAUGGUCGGUCUUCAUGCAGCAUUAGGUAUUUUCAAUAUUUUCCUCCUAUUUCGUUAUAGUGUGCAAAGCACGUUUCAUUGCCUUCAAAUAUAACUAAACAAUUUAAUAGGACACCACGGUGUGUGUGCACCUACUUCGUAGAUUUAAUAAUAUAUUUAACAUUGGGCUAUAAUUUAAUUUGUAAAGAUAAAAAAUACAUAAAUUAAUAUUGACUAAAUUGAUUGUAUUAAAUGGUGUGAUUUCGCCGUUGUCCUGCAGGUGACUACAUACAUUUGACAUUGCAUUUAUCACACAAUCAGUAUGUGGAUGGAUAACAUUUUGCACGCUUGUUAAUUAAUACUUUAAACAAAACUGUCAUUUAAAACAACAUACAGGAUAAAUGAAAUUGACCUACGGCUUUUAUUUUAUAGGCUAUUUGUAAUAAAUGAGAAACUUUUUUCUCUGUGAGGUGAAACGGAACGUGUUAAAUAGAUCACUUAAGCACUUGUUAUACAGAAAAAAUAAGCAAUUGUUGCGACUUUCCAGAAAGAAAAACUACUCUUUGUCAUAUAUGUUUUAUAUUUUCAAAGUAUUUGUUGAUUUUAGCCGAACAGUUUGUCUUUUCUUUUGCCUGUUUCGCGCAAAUAUUGUUGGGAGAAUAAUCGAUUAAUUGUACAAAUUAAAGACACAAAAAAUACUAUCAAUGGUUUGUACCUGCACAGUAGUAUGCAUUUAUUGUCUGAUCAUUUUACACAAUCGAAAGUGUUACUGUUAUACUGUAUGCUUUUACAAUUAUAUUUGAAACGUACUGAAAUGGAAAUGUAUACAAUGGCACGAAUUUAAUUUGUCUUUCACCUUUUUUCAGAGAUUAUGUGUUCUUUACAAAAUACAGUUGAUCAAUUAAUACAAAGUAAUUCAUAUUGAUUUUAAAUUACUUAAAGCACACAUAAGUUCUCGAAAGUUAAGAAUGGCACUUAUUUUUCAUAAAAAAAUAUUAAAUAUUUACUCUUUGGGUCACUUUAACUGUUCGACUUGUUUAGCUUUUUAUAUUAUUAAGUACCCAUAGCAACGCCUUGUAAGUUUUGUUUUGUAAUUUUGGAUAGAUCCCAGAUGGAUCUCUUCCCAAUGUGAAUGACAGUUUUCGUCGCAUGAUAAAUGUAUAUUUUUUUUCUAUUGUACGAAGAGUGCAAAAUGUGUUUGUGAUAUUAACUAUGUGCAGAUGUGAUGGUGUGCCUAAAACUAACCAGAUGCUUUUUUAAGUCCUGAAACGGAAAAUGGUUUACGUAUCAUCAUAUCUUCCAAAAUCGUGUAACGUGUUACAUAAGCGUCGCUUAAAAGAUUCCAGAACGUUUGUGAGUCAUUUAGCCAUGAUCCCAAUGCAAAUGACAAAGACCUUAUUUUCUAAGAAAAG